UUGAAUUCAUCUUCAGAUGAUAUACAGUCAAUGAAAUGAUUCACACAACGCCUGAAGAAAUGAUCUUGAGAUAAUCUUAAAAGUAAUCGCGCGUUUGGAAAACAGGGACCAUAAAAUGCAGAAAGCAGCCAUGGCAUCCGCGAAUAUGUGGACAUGACUUAACUGUCAAUGCGCGACGCGCGCUCAGAUGACUCGGUCUCGUGGCGUGGUAUUUAAAUCAACUUUAAAUUCGGUCAAACACACGCACAACGUACGAGAAUCCUCACACCGGAUACUGAGAGGAAAUCGGUAUUCAAGCUAGGAGAAAUAGAGCAGGCGAAUAGAGCAGAGGUGAAACAAGUUUCCCUGAAGUCGGCUCGAGCACGUAGCUCUCGCUCGGCCGACGCGUUAUAGUUAUGGUUUGAGGGACGCGUAAAAUGCUACUGAGGAAUUUCCCGUUCCAAUGGAUCUUGGUGUCGAUCUUCAUCGUCGUGAUAAUCUACCUGCGACUGCGAAUAUGCCAACUGGAGGAGAGCUACAGAUCGCUGCACGAUGCUGUCAUGCAAGCGCAAAUUGAUAUUAGGGACGAGACGCACGAUUCCCUGGAGACAACACACGGCAAUGGGGCUUUUGACGACAUCGUCGUGAUAUAUAACAGGGUGCCGAAAACUGCCUCCACUAGUUUCGUGGGACUAGUUUACGACUUGUGCAAGCAGAACAAAUAUCAUGUGUUGCACAUCAACGUGACCAAUAAUAUGCACACUCUUACUCUCAACAAUCAGGUUCAAUUUGCAAACAACAUAUCAAACUGGGACAUUAUCAAACCAGCAUUUUACCAUGGACAUAUGGCAUUUUUAAAUUUUGAGAAAUUUGGUAUUAAACGUACACCUUUGUAUAUAAAUUUAUUGAGGAAACCUUUAGAGAGAUUUGUAUCUUAUUAUUACUUCUUGAGAUAUGGAGAUAAUUUUAGACCAUAUCUAGUAAGAAAGAAACAUGGAGAUACAAAGACAUUUGACGAGUGCAUAAAUAUUGGUCAACCUGACUGUGAUCCAAAUAAUAUGUGGCUGCAAAUUCCAUUUUUGUGUGGCCAUGAUCCAGCUUGCUGGGAAGUUGGUAAUAGCUGGGCAUUAGAAGAAGCCAAACGAAAUUUACAAAAGCAUUACUUCUUGGUUGGUGUGACAGAGGAGUUAAAUGACUUUGUGGAAAUAUUGGAAAAUGUAUUACCACGAUUCUUCAAAGGAGCAUAUAAUUUCUUUUUGCAUAACAACAAAUCACACUUACGACAAACUACUCAAAAACUCAACCCGUUACCCGAGACAGUGGAAAAGAUUCAGCAGUCUGUUGUGUGGAGAAUGGAAAACGAAUUGUAUAAUUUCGCCCUGGAACACUUUCAUGCUGUGAAGAGACGGCUCCUAAAUGCUUCCCCUCAAGACGCAAAUCAACGUUUUAUGUAUGAAAAGAUACGGCCGAAAUAAAUCUACUUUUUUACAUAAAACUUUA